GAAAGACAAACCUCAAGCAUAUUGAACCCGAUCUUCUUGUCCUACGUCGCCACUCUGUGUGUGGGAUAUGCUUAUGCUAUAUCCAUAACCAUGGAGACGACGGCGAGCAUCAUCGCUGUUAUUCAACUGACGGGAAUCAUCGUGAAGCUAUGCGGAGGUUAUAUUCGAGAGGUGAAGGAUGCAAGAGAUGAAGUUCUCAACCUCCAACGGGCGGGAAAAUUUCUACCCGUAUCCUCACGGCUAGCGAGCGAUAUUACUGAUUGCCUUGCCGACCUCCAAGCCCUGGAAACGAAACUAGAUCCGGGAAAAGGAAAAAGUCUAAUAAGGAAAGUUGGGUUACGUGCCCUGAAGUGGCCCUUAAGAAAAAUAGAGGUGGAAGUGGAUCAGACUAUAGCUGAGAAUAACGACCUUCGAAAAUUGGAAGCCUCAACUAAUGCAGGCUUUAAGUUGUUCUCCGAUCGAGAUGAAAUCGAAUGUCUUCAAGGCACAAGGACUGAGCUCCUCCAGGAAAUAAUGGAAUGGGGAAUGGCUGGGACUGGAAAAUCUAUAAUAUCCCGGACCGUGUCAAGCUUCUUUUUUAAAAGGGGUGAAGGGGACCGAGGGAAUACAAAGAAAUUUUUCCCGACCUUAGCAAGUCACCUUGUUUUGUGGAAUCACGAGCUAAGGCCUGAGAUUACAUCGAAAUCACUCCGAGAGCAGUUCGAGAAACUACUCCUUCAACCACUGCUGAGUCUUGACCAACUCAGCCGACAACCUCAAACUACUGUGAUAGUAGUUGAUGCUUUGGAUGAAUGCGAACAUGACCGAGAUACCCGAAACAUUGUUCGACUCCUACCUCUUCUACAAAAUAUGAAAUCGGUUCGCCUUCGGGUUUUCUUGACUAGCAGGCCUGAACUCCCAAUCCACUUCGGGUUCUCAGAUAUCGGGAGUAAUGAAUAUCUGGAUCUUGCCCUCCAUGAGAUACCCGAGAAAGUGACUGAACGCGAUAUACAGUUAUUCCUGCAACAUCGAUUUGCCCAAAUCAAACGUGAUAAGAGAGUUAUCCAGGACUGGCCUAGCGAUGAGGCCAUCCAGGAAUUGGUCAGGAUAUCUCUUCCACUGUUCAUUUCAGCUGCGACUGUGUGCCGCUACAUUGAGAUCUCUAAAUUGGAACCUAAACUGCGCCUUGCAGAGCUUCUCAAGGACCAAAGAAAAUAUCUUCUACAGGAGUUUCAGGAUAUCGUGGGUGUUAUUAUUCUUCUGGAAGCACCACUUUAUAUUAACACACUAUUGAUAUUCCUUGGGAUGGAAGCGGAUCGGAUCUCCAAUCGCUUAGAAUCAUUCCAGUCAGUUUUAAGCAUUCCCGAUGAUCUAGAUCAGCCUCUAUUUACGCAGGGACAUUUGCAAGCUCAUCGAGCCUGGAGUGCUUAA